AUGGAUCAAGAGUCAUCAUCACAGCAUCCAAAAGGGCAUCAAAGGACGCGGUCUGCUGUCAAAGGUAGCACCCCUCUGGCAUCUCAUCUCCUGCCCCCUCAACAACAGACCGAUCAACAAACAUCAUCGUCACACGCGGAGCAACAGCAUCAGAUGAUUCCCGGCGGACACGGACACCAAGCCAGGGCUCCGGUCUCCGGCUCCCCGCUUCUCCCCCGUUCCCCAGCAGCCCACUCUCCCGCUCCGCCCCACUCCCGCCGUCAACCGCCACCCUUGUCCCUGUCCCCAGCCGGCCCGAGUCCCCGCAUGUCUUUCUCUUCGGGCCCCGGUAGUGGCGCUGCCUCUGGACGCGGCGCUCCACGCCCUCCCCCCGACUUCUCCCACCUCCUCCGUCCUGACAUCUACCAUGAACUGGCUCCCCUCAACGUUCCGCCCCCUUUUCGCCAGUCUGCGAAACAACCUUCAGCCUCUACACCCAUCCCCGAUCUCCUUGCCGGAGGCCACUUCCGGGCUGCCGCUGUUGCUGCCGCCCAAGCACUCACUGGAGCCAAUGGUGCUCCUGCUCCGGACCUGGCCGACCAUGCCCUUAUUCUUUCUCUGUUUUAUGUCCGCUUGGCCUGCCUAACCCUCAUUGACGCCACUGCUCUCGCCACUCAAGAGGUCAAAGCUCUAGAGGAUCUGAAUGCUACCUUUUACGUUGAUGAGACUGGCCACAACUUGAUCCCUUGGGAGCUACGUAUCUUGGCGGUCCGGUUGCAAGCUAUUAGCUUCGCCGACCAGCGGCGUGCAGUCAUGAGCUACUACGACCUGGCCAGGGAGGCACGCUUGCGCUUGGCCGAGGCGGCAGCCAAGCACGACAACUCGGAAAAGCAACUGUGGAGAGAAAGGCUCAACGAUCUGGGCGUUAGGGUCGCCGGCGUACUGGUCGAAAUGGAUGACCUUAAGGGGGCAGUUGAACACUUGGCCUCGCUGAAAGAAAGUGAUAACGGGAGUGGUAAAAUGCAGAUGGCGAGAGCUCUGUUGUGGUUACAUCUGGGAGAUGUUGACGCCGCGAGGGGGUGCGUGAAGCCCGCGGAAGGCAGCGAAGGCCCUUCCGAUAACAUGACGGAGAGGAUUCUGCAUGCCUUGUGCGACAUGGCCGAUGGAAAGUACUCCGAAGCAUUGAAUCAGUGGGAAGAGUUGAGCAAGGUUUCAGAUGACGAGAUGAUUGGUGUAAACAGGGGAGUUUGUCUGCUUUACGUUGGAAGGUUGCAAGAGGGCAAAGAUCUGCUUGAGGGUUUGGUGGACUCCGGUAGGACCUCACAUACCCUUCUCUUCAACCUGACGACCAUGUACGAGCUUUGCACGGAGAGGUCCCGAACCUUAAAGGUCCAACUGACAGAGAAGGUGGCUGCCUUGGAACCGACAUCCUUUGGGUGGGAAAAGACCAAUGCCGACUUUAAGCUUUGA